AUGAAUUUGAGUUCACUCAAAAAUCAAAUAACAGAUGUCAAAAAGUCAAACAUAGACAUACAGAAACAAAUAAGUGAAAACGAAAAGAAACUAGAAUAUGACAGACACACAAAGAAACUCAAUGAGUUAAACGUAGAGAAAAAGAAGAAAGAAGAACAACUGAAAGAACUAAGUACAGAGGAAUAUGCGAAAAAAGUGUCAGAAAAAGCAGCAGAAGUAGCAAAAAUGGAACAAGAUGUUAUAAAUUUGAAAAACCAUACUACUCAAUAUAAAGUACUGAAAGAUGAAGAGAUAAAACAAAAAGCCCUGAAGACAUAUAUGGAUAGCGAUGAGUAUAAAAAAGAAGUUGAAGCAAAUGUAAAGGCAGAAAAACUUUUACAGUUGCAAAACCAAACCGUACAGUAUGAAAACUUAGCACAAGAAAGUAAAAAUAACGACGCAGCCAUGCAAAAGGCAAUGAAAAGCGCAGAAUAUAUAAAAGCUAAUAAUGACUGGUUAGAUGCCCAAGCCAACGCUAAAGCAGCCCAACUUAUAGGGUCAAUAAGGACAAAAAUACAAGCGGAUGAAGACAGUUCAAAUGAAGCUUUAAUGAAUGCUGACUUUAAGAACGCCUUCGAAGCUCUUCAUAGUAAGGUGAAACUAGUGAACGACUUCUCAUCUGGAAAGAAACUGAAGUCUGAAGGUUUCGACAACGAGUUAAGAGAAGUAGCACAAAAUAUGACGAAAAUAACAGAUGCAGCAACGAGACAGGCAGUUCAAAGUGCCUAUGACGCCGUUAGAGCAACUGUUGUGGAAAGUCAAGAAAAAGAGUUACAACAGACCAAAACAGACCUAGUAAAUGCUUUCUUAAAAACGAAAAGUCAGGUAGGACAUUAUGCUGCAGAUGGAACAUAUGUGCCAGCUGGUGGAACUUAUAUACCACCAAACCCUCCAAGAGAAGCACCUGCACCAGGACUACCUAAAACAUUUACAUC